AUAACUUAUGCAAUGAAAGUACCUAUCCGAGCAUGUCGACCCCUUUGUAUAGGACGGUGCCUCUGAGCCCUCACAUACAAGCACUCCAACAAGAUGCAACGACUGAAGUUUUGACACUUCAUCCUGUCAAGACAAGAACAGGAUUGUUCACUUACGGCCUACCAAAAGCAUGUCAACUACUCUGUGAGGCCCUCUUACAAGAUCUGGCAGAAGACCUCCAGAUGUGGGCAGGGGGUUUCGGAAUGGUCGUCAAAGAUAUUAAAAUGCCUGAGAUUAGCCCGCAGGCUUUCCGUCUCGAGAAGGGCAACGUUUCAACGUUGCUAAAAGGUUAUACCGCGCUUGUUGUGGCUCUCGGAAACGCCAAGUACGAUGUCGAGCUCAUUUCCAGAGACAAGACCUCUUCUCAGCAGGAGACAUGGGAAUCGUCUUCCGCUCUCCACCUCCGAGAGACAGGACUAAAAGCUCAGGGAGGAAACAUUAGGUUUCUUUAUAUCCCUCUCCACCUGGAGCCUGAAUAG